GUGGCAGAAGCCAGCGGAUUCAGGAGGCAGUUGGGAGAAUGCGCAGGGCCGGGCCCAGGCGGUUUGGGAUCAGUGCCUGGAAGGACAGGAUUUGGUGGCGGCCGAGUCUGAGUCUGAGGCCGGCUCCACCGCACCGCCCCUGGCACCCAGGCUUCCCGAGUAACACACCCCUUCUGGGCUCCGGAGAAAAAAGUCAGCGGGGUAAAAGAAUGGCCAACUCCUUUGCAUCAAAGACCUUCACGGCACUUGCAGAUCUGUAUCCAAAUAUGGCUAACCUGAAAAUAAUUGGUAUAGUUAUUGGGAAAACAGAUGUCAAAGGCUUUCCAGACAGAAAAAAUGUUGGAUCCGAGAGGUACACUUUCAGUUUUACCAUUCGGGACUCACCAGCGCAUUUUGUAAAUGCAGCGUCCUGGGGCAGCGAAGGCUACAUCAGAUCUCUUUCUGACAGCUUUAGGAUUGGAGAGUGUGUGAUCAUUGAAAAUCCUCUCAUCCAACGAAAGGAAUUAGAAAGAGAAGAAAAAUUCAGCCCGGCAACUCCUGGCAACUGUAAACUAUUGCUCAGUGAGAAUCACUCCACCGUGAAAGUUUGUUCCAGUUAUGAAGUGGACACCAAGCUCCUUGCUCUGAUACACUUACCUAUUAAAGAGUCUCGUGAUUACUAUUCACUGGGUGAUAUUGUUGCAAAUGGACACAGUCUGGAUGGAAAGAUUAUUAACGUGCUUGCAGCUGUGAGGUCGGUUGGAGAACCAAAAUACUUUACAACUUCAGACCGAAGAAAAGGCCAGAGAUGUGAGGUGAAACUCUAUGAUGAGACGGAGUCUUCUUUUACAAUGACAUGUUGGGAUAAUGAAUCUAUUCUAGUUGCACAGAGCUGGAUGCCACGAGAAACAGUAAUAUUUGCCUCAGAUGUAAGAAUAAGUUUUGACAAAUUUCGGAACUGCAUGACAGCAACAGUAAUCUCAAAAACCAUUAUUACAACUAAUCCAGAUACACCAGAAGCUAACAUCCUGUUGAAUUUUAUAAGAGAGAAUAAAGAAACAAAUCCUCUGGAUGGUGAAAUCGACAGUUAUCUGAAAGAUCCCAUAAAUUUAAAUGCAAUAGUUGAUGUCUAUACAGUUGAACAAUUAAAGGUAAAAGCUUUGAAGAAUGAAGGGAAAGCUGACCCUUUCUACGGGAUUCUUUAUGCUCACAUUUCUACACUGAACAUUGAUGGUGCAACCACAACUGUUGUUCGACACCGAUGCUCGGGCUGUGGAUACGUUAUGAAGGAAGCAUCCGGCACCUGCCCUACUUGCCACCGAGAUUCUUUGGAACUUAAAUCUGUUUUUGUCAGCUUCCACUUGCUAAUUGAUGUCACUGACCACACAGGCACCCUCCAUGCCUGCAGCCUCACGGGAGGUGUUGCAGAGGAGACUUUAGGCUGCACGGUGAAUGAGUUUCUUACAAUGACGGAUGAACAGAAAACAGCGCUGAAGUGGCAAUUUCUUCUGGAGAGAAGCAAACUUUACUUAAAAUUCUUUUUAUCACAUAGAGCAAGGGGCGGACUGAGAGUUAGCGUGCUCUCGUGUAAGCUUGCAGACCCCACUGAGGCAAGCAAGAACUUGUCUGGACAAGGACAUGCUUAAAACAGGGUGUUUUAAACUCUGAACAAGGAUAUGAGCUUCGACUCCCUGGAAAGCGGAAAACGAGUUUGAAGAUUAUGGAUGAAAUUGUAUUUUGUUCAAAUGUGGUAAAAAUGUUUCUAUAAAUUGUUAUUGUGUUACCUUCUGGAGUUGGUUGAGAGGGGUGAAUCUUAAAAUCUCUCGUACAGCCCAGCUCCUUUGUCAGAAGUCCUUUUCUUCCAGCUUUGCCCAAAUUGGAAAACGUUUGCAUCAGUUAAUAAACAAGUUUAAUCUUCCCCACA